AAAACGUUUUGAAACCGCUUAAUAAGUAAAAAUAGGGUCGAAUGAGAAGUUAAUGAAACACUCUCACUCUCCAUCUCUCCUUUCUGUCUUCGACAUUCAUUCUCUGCCCUGCAUCUCUCUAGACCCCUUCGGAUCUUUGAUUCCACCACCUCCUUCACAUUAUUCAAGACAAAAAAGCUUCUCCAAUGAUGCCGUUGUGUUAAUGCUUAUAUAGGGAGAUUAUUCUCCAAGCAGUCGGCAAUUUUCGAAUCACCCCUCUCAAGGAAUCAAAGAAACAAUCAUCUCUUUGCCAGGUUCUUCUAUUAACUUUAGACCAAACGUUCGGAUUAAUAAUGUAAGGUUCUAGUCCUUUAUCUACUGAACAAAUCCCCUCAAGCCUUCACUCAACUGUGGAAAUUUAUCAGAUUCUUCAUUAGGUGAAGUGAGCUUAUAUUUCCUGAUUUGAAUCAUGAAAAAUUAUUUCAUGGGUUACCAGAGGGUUUAAGGGUCUUCUCAGAACCCUGAUUUAAAUCUUAUUUAGGAGACCAAAAGGGAGGAUUUUGACAUUCUUUUUAUCUAAUCAUUGUGGAGCUCAAGAGAUUUUGGUUGCUAAAUCAGGUGGUUUGUUAAUCUUUUGGGGCCCUUCUCCUUCCGGCUUUUGUAACAGUUGGUUGCUACACAAAGAAUGCUGCCUAAAGAUGAAUCUUCAGUUGCUGGAUUGGGCAGGUUUUUGGCAUUUUUUUUUGUAAACUCAGGUUAACCAAACAAGCUUUGAAGACAUGGUUUUCUGAGUUUGGGGAAAAAGGUUGAACAAGGAAAAAUACCUUCUUGCUGAGUGUGAUUUCAUCCACUUGAAAUUAUCAUCUGAGCUGCAGUUAAAGGAGAGCUUUAUUGAGUAAAGGAAUUAUAUUCAGAGGAGUAAGUUAAAUUAGCUUAGGCUGGGGGAUGAAAAUUGGCUUAAUUGCUCAAAAUUCUUCAAAUAAAUCUUCCAAGUCAUUCAUUAUGCCCUCAGUUUGUCCUCUUUGUUUGAUGGAUUAUGAAGAUUCUCUUCAUAUUUUCUUUGAAUGCUGUUAUUCAAUGGAAUGUUGGAGCAGAACUUUUUGGGCUAAUGCAGUGAAAGCUCUCCUUUCAGAAAUUUGGUUUGAGAGAAUCAACAUAUAUGUCAAGACAAGCCACUUCCUUUUUCUGUUCGUUAUGUGAUUGCUCAAGUCAAAGCCUCGUCAUGGUGUUCUCUAUCUAAACACUUUGCUGAUUAUUCAACUCAAGUUGUUUGUUUAAACUUGAAUGCUUUUCAGGCUUCUUCAGAAGUUUAGUCUAUGUUUUAUAUUAUGGUUCUAGCCUUGUUUUGGCCAGUUCGUAGUUUUUAUUUUUGUUUCCUCUAAUGUACUUUGAGCAUUAGACUCGUUCAUUAUUUCAAUGAAAAGUCUGGUUUCCUUUAAAAAGCAAAAGGAUAAAAGAACAUUGGGUCGUCAGUGAACUGGAGGUGUAAUAAUGACAUCUUCUCCUUCCUGACCUAAAAAGCCACGACAAAAGUCUUCUCUACUUCUCUUGAAACGAGCCUACUCAAUUAUAGGGAAAAUGUUGUCUUUGUUUUAUUGUAAUUAUUUAUUGCUUAUAUAUGUAUUAAUUGGACAUCUUAGUUCUGUAUUUUUUGUCUGCCAAAAAGUUAUUUACCUCACAAGAAAUAGAUAUUUGAAGUACUAUUAUCAUGAUAAAUGACGAAUGUCAACACUUUUCCAUUGAAUGACAUGUACAACUGAACUAAAUUCUUCUGAAUGCCAAUUUUAUAUGUCAAGUUUAUCAUUUUGUAACAAUUGCAAAAUAAUAUUCAUGUAUACUUUGAAGAUUCUUAGGACUCCUUAUAUUCCCUUUGAUAUGAUAUUCUAAUUAGUUUUAUAAAUGCAUUUAUAGAUAAUUCCUAAGCACUUCAAGUUUCUUUUGUUUCCUUUCAUACAAGAUUCUGUAUUUUCUUUGCCUGUAGUAUGUGAACAUGCAUGUUCACUUGCGCAAAACACGGAUCCUAAUAGUGAGGGAAGAGGUGUUUUGCAAUUCAAAACUGGUUUGAUGUCUACCAUUAAGGUAUGUUCAUUUUCGUAAAUUUUUUUGAGUAUUGGUUGAUCUAUGGUGGUCAGAUUUCUUGUCAACCUUAUUAUUUUCUUUUCACAUUAAAUUUAAAGCUCUUGCUUUUUUAUUGUUUGAGAAUUUAAGCCAUCUACCUGCUUGCAACUUUGAUUUUUAUAUGGUUGCUAAUUUGGCUUAUUUCAUCCUUCGAUUAAAUCUUGAUUGUUUGAGAGAUAUUUUUCAGCAAAAGCUAGCCAAGGGGGAGGGUGGAACCAUAGAUAGAAGCCAGGACAUUACUCGGUUACAGGAGUUCUACAAACUACACCGAGAGAAAAAUAAUGUAGAUAAACUUUGGGAAGAUGAAAUGAAAUUGAGGAAAUCUGGUGCUUUCAGCGGUAAUCUUGGAGAGUUGGAACGGAAAACGUUGAAGCGAACAAAAGUCUUUGCAACCCUGAAAGUAUUGGCAAUGGUACUGGAGCGACUCAGUGAUGCAAUUCCUGAAGAGAGGAAAAGACUCAUGGAAUUGGAUGUGGCAAUGACAGAGGACCUAAUUGCGUAUAAUAUUAUUCCAUUAGAUGCCCCUUCUGUGACAAAUGCUAUUGGGUCCUUGGCUGAGGUGCAAGCAUCAGUGUCAGCUUUAAAGUAUUUCAGUGGCCUUCCAAAGUUGCCCGCAGAUUUUUCUAUUCCGGAGACUAGGAGUCCUGAUAUACUUGACUUUCUACACUUCGUUUUUGGAUUUCAGAGAGACAAUGUGUCUAAUCAACGCGAACAUGUAGUGCACCUACUUGCCAAUGAACAAUCUCGACUUCGUAUACCUGAAGAAACUGAACCAAAAUUGGAUGCAGCUGCUGUGGAGGGUGUUUUUAAGAAGUCUCUGGAAAACUACGUGAAAUGGUGUGAAUAUUUAUGCAUUCAACCUGUUUGGAGCAGUUUGUCUGCUGUUAGCAAGGAAAAGAAGCUAUUAUUUAUUUCCUUAUACUUUCUUAUAUGGGGGGAAGCAUCCAACGUCAGAUUUCUUCCAGAAUGCCUAUGCUACAUAUUUCACCAUAUGGUUCGAGAAAUGGAUGAAGUAUUGAGGCAUCAGAUUGCGCAGCCGGCCAAGAGCUGCGAGUCGAAAGAUGGUGUUUCUUUCCUUAAUCAAAUUAUCUGUCCUCUUUAUGAGGUUCUGGCUGCGGAAGCUGCAAACAAUAAUAAUGGGCAGGCACCACAUUCUGCAUGGAGAAAUUAUGAUGAUUUUAACGAGUAUUUCUGGUCGCUUAGAUGCUUUGACCUCAGUUGGCCGUGGCAUGAAGGCAAAUCUUUUUUGCAAAAGCCAACAUCAAAAUCAAAGGACAUGCUUGGUAGAAGUCACCAUCAGGGGAAAACGUUGUUUGUUGAGCAUCGGACUUUUCUUCAUCUUUAUCAUAGUUUCCAUCGUUUAUGGAUAUUUUUGGUUAUGACGUUCCAGGCUUUGACCAUUGUUGCAUUUAACAAUGGAAGCUUUAAUCUGAAGACACUGCUGGAAGUUCUGAGUCUCGGUCCGACAUUUGUUGUAAUGAAGUUUAUUGAGAGUGUUCUAAAUAUCCUAAUUAUGUAUGGUGCAUACUCUACUUCAAGGCGUCUUGCUGUUUCUCAAAUUUUUCUUCGCCUUCUUUGGUUCAGUAUUGCAUCAGCUUCUAUAACAUUUCUUUAUGUGAAAGCUCUUCAGGAGGAGAGUAAACCAAAUGCAGAAAGAGUGAUGUUCAGACUAUAUGUAAUUGUGAUUGGAAUAUAUGGUGGUGUACAGCUUUGUCUCAGUAUCCUCAUGCAUAUGCCGGCUUGCCGUCUUUUAAUGAAUCAAUGUGAUCGGUGGCCUCUUGUUCGCCUUUUCAAGUGGAUGCGUCAGGAACAGUACUAUGUUGGACGUGGGAUGUAUGAGAGGACUACUGACUUUAUCAAAUACAUGCUUUUGUGGAUUAUCAUUCUGGGUGGAAAAUUUGCAUUUGCCUAUUUUCUUCAGAUCAAGCCUCUUGUUGGACCUACAAGGCUUAUUGUAAAUAUGAGAGAGAGAAGAUAUUUGUGGCAUGACUUCGUGUCUAAAAAUAGUCCUAAUGCUUUGACUAUUCUUAGCUUAUGGGUCCCCGUGGUUGCUAUUUACAUCUUGGACGUUCAUGUUUUCUAUACUGUUAUAAUGGCCAUUUGGAGUUCCUUAAUUGGGGAAAGAGACCGUCUUGGAGAGAUUAGAUCAUUGGAAGCCGUACAUAAACUGUUCAAGCGGUUUCCUGGAGCUUUUAUGGACACUCUACAUGUUCCUCUCCAAGAGAGGCUUGGGUUUUCGAAUUGGUCAUCAAGUCAGGUUGUUGAGAAAGACAAGUUCGAUGCUGCUCGAUUUUCUCCCUUCUGGAAUGAAAUCAUAGCAAGUUUACGGGAAGAAGAUUAUAUUACAAACUUGGAAAUGGAGUUACUUCAAAUGCCUAAAAACAAGGGUAAUCUUCCCAUGGUUCAGUGGCCACUUUUUCUUCUUGCCAGCAAGAUAUUUCGAGCUAAGGAUAUUGCUCUUGAAAGACGAGAUUCGCAUGACAAGUUGUGGGAGCAUAUUUCAAGAGAUGACUAUAUGAAAUAUGCAGUACAGGAAUGUUACCAUGCCAUUAAGCUUAUCUUAAUGGAAUUACUCGUUGGGGAAGGAAGGAUGUGGGUUGAAAAGGUUUUUGAAGACAUUCAAGCUAGUAUAGCAAACAAUUCCAUUCUCAAUGACUUCCAGCUAAAUAAACUGCCACUUGUGAUUACAAGAGUGACUGCUCUGAUGGGUAUUCUGAAAGAGCCAAAAACUUCGGAGCUGGAAAAAGGUGCUGUUAAGGCUGUUCAAGAUUUGUAUGAUGUUGUGCACCAUGAUAUUCUUUUUGGUGACAAGAGGGGGCAAUAUGAAACAUGGAACAUAUUAGUAAACGCAAAAAAUGAAGGUCGCUUGUUUACAAAGUUAAAUUGGCCCAAAGAUCCAGAAUUGAAGUCACAAGUCAAAAGAUUGCAUUCCCUGUUAACCAUUAAAGAUUCAGCUUCAAAUAUUCCAGUUAAUGUUGAGGCCAGACGGAGACUGCAAUUCUUUACGAAUUCACUUUUCAUGGAGAUGCCAACUCCAAAACCUGUUUGUCAGAUGCUUUCCUUCGAUGUACUCACUCCGUAUUAUUCUGAGACGGUGCUCUAUAGUAUGGGGGAACUCUUGAAGAAAAAUGAGGAUGGGAUAAUAACCUUGUUUUACUUGCAAAAAAUUUAUCCAGAUGAGUGGAAGAACUUUCUAGCUCGAAUUGGCCGUGAUGAGACUGAAGUUGACCCAGAAUCAUUUAGUAACCCUAAUGACAUCCUUGCACUGCGAUUUUGGGCCUCUUAUCGAGGACAGACGUUAGCAAGAACAGUUCGUGGAAUGAUGCACUAUAGGAAAGCUCUUAUGCUGCAGACUUAUUUAGAGAGAGGAACUUAUGGAGAUUUGGAAGCUGCCAUUCCUUGUACUGAUGCUACUGAUACUCGGGGUUUCGAUUUAUCUCCUGAAGCACGUGCACAGGUAGAUCUUAAAUUUACAUAUGUUGUGACAUGCCAGAUAUAUGGAAGACAAAGAAAACAACAAAAACCUGAGGCCACCGACAUUGCACUGCUUAUGCAAAGAAAUGAAGCCCUUCGUGUUGCCUACAUCGAUGAUAUUGAAACCCUAAAGGAUGGUAAGGUGCACAAAGAAUUUUACUCAAAGCUUGUAAAGGCUGAUAUCAAUGGAAACGAUAAGGAGAUAUAUUCAAUCAAAUUGCCUGGAGAUCCAAAGUUGGGAGAAGGAAAGCCUGAGAAUCAAAAUCAUGCUAUUGUUUUUACUCGUGGAAGUGUUGUUCAGACAAUUGAUAUGAAUCAGGAUAAUUACUUUGAAGAAGCAUUGAAGAUGAGAAAUCUUCUUGAGGAAUUUGAUCGUGAUCAUGGUAUUCGUCCUCCUACCAUACUGGGUGUCAGGGAACAUGUAUUUACGGGGAGUGUUUCAUCUCUUGCUUCAUUCAUGUCAAAUCAAGAAGCUAGUUUUGUGACUCUUUGUCAGCGUGUUCUGGCAAAACCUUUGAAAGUGCGUAUGCAUUAUGGCCAUCCAGAUGUUUUUGAUAGGGUUUUUCAUCUAACACGAGGUGGCAUCAGCAAGGCCUCCCGUGUUAUCAACAUUAGUGAAGAUGUCUUUGCAGGAUUUAAUACAACAUUGAGGCAAGGGAACGUUACUCAUCAUGAGUAUAUUCAGGUCGGUAAAGGACGAGAUGGUGGUCUUAACCAGAUUACUCUUUUUGAAAGAAAGAUUGCUAGUGGUAAUGGAGAACAAGUUCUUAGCCGUGAUGUAUAUAGGCUUGGCCAACUGUUUGAUUUUUUCCGGAUGAUGUCAUUCUAUAUCACCACUGUUGGCUACUACUUUUGUACUAUGUUAAUGGUGCUAGUCGUAUACAUUUUUCUCUAUGGAAGAGCAUAUGUGGCACUAUUUGGAGUUGGUGAGACCAUUGAAGAUAGAGCUAAUAUUACAGAUAUUACGGCAUUGUCAGUUGCUUUGAAUACACAGUUCCUCAUCCAAAUUGGUGGCUGCACUGCCUUGCCUAUGAUCUUGGGAUUCAUAUUGGAGCAAGGUUUCUUCAGGGCUACUGUUAGCUUCAUAACCAUGCAGCUUCAGCUUUGUUCUAUGUUCUUCACAUUCUCUCUUGGCACAAAAGCUCACUAUUUUGGCCGAACAAUUCUUCAUGGCGGUGCAAAGUAUCAUGCAACUGGAAGGGGAUUUGUGGUUAGCCAUAUCAAAUUCUCUGAAAAUUACAGAUUGUACUCCCGCAGCCAUUUUGUUCAAGGAUUUGAAGUUGUGCUUCUGUUGGUUGUAUGCAUGGCCUAUGGAUAUAGUUCAGGUGGUUCAUUAGCAUACAUCUUUGUAACUCUUAGCAGUUGGUUCAUGGCAAUAUCCUGGCUUUUUGCUCCCUAUCUGUUCAAUCCAUCUGGGUUUGAGUGGCAGAAGACCGUGGAGGAUUUUUGGGAAUGGACCAAAUGGCUUUUUUACCAAGGUCGAAUUGGUGUUAAGGGUGAAGAAAGUUGGGAAGCAUGGUGGGACUCAGAACUGGCACAUAUAAAAACCAUUGAAGGGCGAAUAGCAGAGACAAUUUUAAAGCUAAGAUUUUUUAUUUUUCAAUAUGGAAUUGUUUAUAAGCUCCACGUGCAAGGAUCAAUCAAAUCAUUAUCGGUAUAUGGGUUCUCCUGGAUUGUGUUAGCUUGGCUUAUAGUUCUUUUCAAGGUGUUUACCAUCAGCCAGAAGAUGAAUGUCGAUUUUCAGUUUUCGUUGCGAUUUUUCCAAGGUCUUUCUUUCCUUUUGACGCUGGCUGGCCUGGCAGUUGCGGUUGCUAUUACAGAUUUGUCACUGCCUGAUGUAUUUGCUUGCAUCUUGGCAUUUAUACCUACGGGAUGGGGCAUUCUUUCUAUUGCAGCCGCUUGGAAACCUUUAAUAAAGAAACUGGGACUCUGGAAAUCCGUUUGCUCAAUUGCUCGGUUGUACGAUGCCGGCAUGGGGAUGCUCAUCUUUAUCCCCAUUGCAUUCCUUUCAUGGUUUCCAUUUGUAUCGACAGUCCAAAAUCGACUUAUGUUCAGCCAGGCUUUCAGUCAAGGACUCAAGAUCUGACUAAUUCUUGCUGCAUACCAUCCCAACACUGCCCUAUGACUUCGCCAGUGGAAUCGUAGCAGUUUGUAUCCUUCUAAAUUAGAUGCAAGACUUGUUAGGUAGCAUAGAUGAUUAACAGGAAUUUUCCUUAUAUCCUCUUACUCAAUCUGUUGUACUUUCUCAUUUCAGAUGUUUGGAUUGCUUAACCAGUCAACUUUAUACUGCAGUUCAUGCUCCCCUUAUUUUAA